AUGGGCCCCUGUACCGCCUCCUCAUGCUGCUGCCAGGCCCGUAAUCUGCCAUGAGCCCCCGUACCGACUCCUCAUGCUGCUGCCAGGCCCGUAAUCUGUCAUGGGCCCCUGUACCGCCUCCUCAUGCUGCUGCCAGGUCCAGAGUGUGUCAUGGGUCCCUGUACGGCCUCCCAUUGCUGCUGCCAGGCCCGUAAUCUGCCAUGGGCCCCCGUACCGACUCCUCAUGCUGCUGCCAGGCCCGUAAUCUGUCAUGGGCCCCUGUACCGCCUCCUCAUGCUGCUGCCAGGUCCAGAGUGUGUCAUGGGUCCCUGUACGGCCUCCCAUUGCUGCUGCCAGGCCCGUAAUCUGCCAUGGGCCCCCGUACCGACUCCUCAUGCUGCUGCC